UAUUUUGGUACGUGCCAACCCACCUUACACAAUGAAAAUAUUCAUCAGUUCUUUGAACGUUCCUAUAGGGUACACGACGCCGGAUUUCCCACUGAUCUACUGGCCGUUGGGGGAGCAUCGCCCGGAGUUCUCUCAACUGAUGCUUUACUACGGCAGAGACGUAUGGCGGUUCACCAUUCAAUGGUACAUUAUUUUGUUUUGUGGAGUCUACUCAGUCACCGGAUUGUAUAUGUUUGUCAACUACUGUGUGGCCAACUACCACUCGAAGACACCGAGUAAGUACUUUGUGUUUCGGGGGGUUUUGAUCUUUGUAUCCUAUGCUUUUACUUCCACCAUGAUGGCAGUUAUUAGUGGAUCGGUGGUGGGGCUUUUGACGUCUGCCAUAUACAAGGCUGGGUCGAUGACGAUGAGUACGUGGAUUCCGUUCACGUGGGCAGUUUUGGGGGUGAUGUACGAUAUCUGUACGUCGUACCUGACCAGCCUGGUCACUCUAUAAUAGAACCAUGGAACGAACCACUCAGUCCACAGCUUUGAACCAUGACGAAUAACCAGUAACAUCUACAAUUUCUGACCCUAUUAACGCCUAUAAUGUAAGAUACCUAAUGAACCAAUUUGCAUAAUCAAUGAAGAACAAACGUCCUCUAUGAUCAAUACAUAACCAAACUAUUCGCGACUCAUUUUGGAAUCUACCACUAUGUUCA